AUGGUCCGGCUCCUCUGGGUUUUCUUCCCAGCGAUCUUUUUGGAGACGUCCCUUUUCCCCAGAGGCACCAGCAGAAAAGUGUUGCUGGCAGGAGCCUCGUCUCAGCGCUCGGUGGCCAGAAUGGACGGAGAUGUCAUCAUUGGGGCCCUCUUCUCAGUCCACCACCAGCCUCCGGCCGAGAAGGUGCCCGAGAGGAAGUGUGGGGAGAUCAGGGAGCAGUAUGGCAUCCAGAGGGUGGAAGCCAUGUUCCACACGUUGGAUAAGAUUAACGCGGACCCGGUGCUCCUGCCCAACAUCACCCUGGGCAGUGAGAUCCGGGACUCCUGCUGGCACUCCUCCGUGGCUCUGGAGCAGAGUAUUGAGUUCAUCAGGGACUCUCUGAUUUCCAUUCGAGACGAGAGGGAUGGGGUCAACCGGUGCUUGCCUGACGGCCAGUCCCUCCCCCCAGGCAGGACUAAGAAGCCCAUUGCGGGCGUGAUCGGCCCGGGCUCCAGCUCCGUAGCCAUUCAAGUGCAGAACCUGCUCCAGCUCUUCGACAUCCCCCAGAUCGCAUAUUCUGCCACGAGCAUCGACCUGAGUGACAAAACUUUGUACAAAUACUUCCUGAGGGUUGUGCCUUCUGACACUUUGCAGGCAAGGGCGAUGCUUGACAUAGUCAAGCGUUACAAUUGGACGUAUGUCUCUGCAGUCCACACAGAAGGGAAUUAUGGGGAGAGCGGAAUGGAUGCUUUCAAAGAGCUGGCUGCCCAGGAAGGCCUCUGCAUCGCCCAUUCAGACAAAAUCUACAGCAAUGCUGGGGAGAAGAGCUUUGACCGACUCCUGCGCAAGCUCCGAGAGCGGCUUCCCAAGGCCAGAGUGGUGGUCUGCUUCUGUGAAGGCAUGACCGUCCGAGGCCUCCUGAGCGCCAUGAGGCGCCUUGGCGUGGUGGGCGAGUUCUCACUCAUCGGAAGUGAUGGAUGGGCAGACAGAGAUGAAGUCAUUGAAGGUUAUGAGGUGGAAGCCAACGGAGGAAUCACGAUAAAGCUGCAGUCUCCAGAGGUCAGGUCAUUUGAUGAUUAUUUCCUGAAGCUGAGGCUGGACACUAAUACGAGGAACCCCUGGUUCCCUGAGUUCUGGCAACAUCGGUUCCAGUGCCGCCUACCAGGACACCUUCUGGAAAAUCCCAACUUUAAAAGAAUCUGCACAGGCAAUGAAAGCUUAGAAGAAAACUAUGUCCAGGACAGUAAGAUGGGGUUUGUCAUCAACGCCAUCUACGCCAUGGCGCAUGGGCUGCAGAACAUGCACCACGCCCUCUGCCCGGGCCAUGUGGGCCUCUGCGAUGCCAUGAAGCCCAUCGACGGCAGCAAACUCCUGGACUUCCUCAUCAAGUCCACAUUCAUUGGUGUGUCUGGAGAGGAGGUGUGGUUUGAUGAGAAAGGAGAUGCUCCUGGAAGGUACGAUAUCAUGAAUCUGCAAUACACUGAAGCUAACCGCUACGACUAUGUACAUGUCGGAACCUGGCAUGAAGGGGUGUUGAACAUCGAUGAUUACAAAAUCCAAAUGAACAAGAGCGGGAUGGUCCGGUCUGUGUGCAGUGAGCCUUGCUUAAAGGGUCAGAUUAAGGUCAUCCGGAAAGGAGAAGUGAGUUGCUGCUGGAUUUGUACGGGCUGCAAAGAGAAUGAAUACGUGCAAGAUGAGUUCACCUGCAAAGCCUGUGACUUGGGGUGGUGGCCCAACACAGAUCUAACAGGCUGUGAACCCAUUCCUGUCCGCUAUCUUGAGUGGAGCAAUAUAGAAUCCAUCAUCGCCAUCGCCUUUUCCUGUCUGGGCAUCCUUGUCACCUUGUUUGUCACCCUCAUCUUUGUGCUGUACCGGGACACACCAGUGGUCAAAUCCUCCAGUCGGGAGCUCUGCUACAUUAUCCUUGCUGGCAUCUUCCUUGGUUAUGUGUGCCCUUUCACUCUCAUUGCCAAACCUACCACCACGUCCUGCUACCUCCAGCGCCUCCUGGUUGGCCUCUCCUCUGCCAUGUGCUACUCUGCUUUAGUGACCAAAACCAACCGCAUCGCACGCAUCCUAGCUGGCAGCAAGAAGAAGAUCUGCACCCGGAAGCCAAGAUUCAUGAGCGCCUGGGCCCAGGUGAUCAUUGCUUCAAUCUUGAUUAGUGUGCAGCUAACCCUGGUGAUAACUCUGAUCAUCAUGGAGCCCCCCAUGCCCAUUCUGUCCUACCCAAGUAUCAAGGAAGUCUACCUUAUCUGCAAUACCAGCAACCUGGGUGUGGUGGCCCCUCUGGGCUACAAUGGACUCCUCAUCAUGAGCUGUACCUACUAUGCCUUCAAGACCCGCAAUGUGCCCGCCAACUUCAAUGAGGCCAAAUACAUUGCCUUCACCAUGUACACCACUUGCAUCAUCUGGCUGGCCUUUGUGCCCAUUUACUUUGGGAGCAACUACAAGAUCAUCACUACCUGCUUUGCAGUGAGCCUCAGUGUAACGGUGGCCCUGGGGUGCAUGUUCACUCCCAAGAUGUACAUCAUUAUUGCCAAGCCCGAGAGGAACGUCCGCAGUGCCUUCACCACCUCUGAUGUAGUCCGCAUGCACGUUGGCGAUGGCAAGCUGCCCUGCCGCUCCAACACUUUCCUCAACAUUUUCCGAAGGAAGAAAUCGGGGUCAGGGAAUGCCAAUUCUAAUGGCAAGUCUGUGUCAUGGUCUGAACCAGGUGGAAGACAGGUGCCCAAGGGACAGCAUAUGUGGCACCGCCUCUCUGUGCACGUGAAGACCAGUGAGACGGCCUGCAACCAAACAGCCGUCAUCAAGCCCCUCACUAAAAGUUACCAAGGCUCCGGCAAGAGCCUUACCUUUUCAGAUACCAGCACCAAGACCCUUUACAACGUGGAGGAGGAGGACGCCCGGCCGAUUGGCUUCAGCCCUCCCAGCAGUCCCUCUAUGGUGGUGCACCGACGCGUGCCCACCGCGGGCAGCACCCCGCCUUUGCCGCCCCACCUGACCACAGAGGAGACCCCCCUCUUCCUGGCCGACCCAGCCAUCCCCAAGGGCUUACCCCCUCCCCUCCAGCAGCCUCCGCCGCCGCCACCGCAGCCGCAGCAGCAACCGCCACCUCAGAAAUCCCUGAUGGAUCAGCUACAGGGAGUGGUCAACAAUUUCAGCACCGCGAUCCCGGAUUUCAACGCGGUGCUCUCAGUCCCCGGGGGUCCAGGGAACGGGAUGCGCUCGCUGUACCCGCCCCCUGCGCCCCCGCAGCACCUGCAAAUGCUCCCACUGCAGCUGAGCACCUUCGGGGAGGAGCCCGCCUCCCCCACAGCAGAGGAUGAGGACGAGGACGACAGCGAGAGGUUUAAGCUCCUCCAGGAGUACUUGUAUGAGCGGGAAGGGAACACGGAGGAAGAUGAACUGGAAGAGGAAGAGGAGGACCUGCAGGUGGCCAGCAAACCGACCCCAGAGGAUUCUCCCGCCCUGACGCCUCCGUCGCCUUUCCGCGACUCGGUGGCCUCUGGGAGCUCGGUGCCCAGCUCCCCCGUGUCCGAGUCGGUGCUCUGCACCCCUCCCAACGUGACCUACGCCUCUGUCAUCCUGAGGGACUAUAAACAAAGCUCUUCCACCCUGUAG